AUGCUCGUAAGAAAUAGUGCUAGGCAGGGUUCCCUUUUAAGAAUUAUUUCGCUAAGUAGGUCACACCCGCAGUGCAAUGGCGGUGCGGUGAUGGCGGAUGGCGGCGCGGGCGCGGUGGCUGAGGGGGCGGGCGAGUCGGCGGCACGGGGCGCUGCGCUGGAGCGGGCGUACGUGCACGACGUCUACGAACAAGCAGGAGAUGACGGCGACGAGAGCUCGCGAGCGCCCGCGCCUGGCGUGCAGGCCUUCCUCUCUGAACUAGAGCCCGGCAGCCUUGUCUGUGAUGUCGGAUGUGGAAACGGCAAAUACCUUAGCGUAAAUCCGUCCGUGUACACUGUAGGAGGGGACCGGUGUACCCGACUCACUGCGCAAGCGCGACAUCACAACAAUGAGCAAUCAUCUUCAGUAAAGAACUUGUCAACUUCGCAGGUGGUUGCGUGCGACAACUUGUGCCUACCGUUCCGCGAUGAGUCAUUCGACGCGGUCCUAUCCAUCGCCGUCGUUCACCACUUCGCUACGGUGGAGAGGCGAGCGAUGGCGUUACGGGAGCUGGCAAGAGUCACCCGGAUAGGUGGAAGAUUACUUCUCACUGUCUGGGCUAUGGAACAUGAGGGACGCAACUUCCAUUCACAGUGCUAUUUAAGAGAUCAUCUGCAGGGACUGGAUCAUAACAAUUCUUCAGCUAGAAGCAGUCACAUCCAAAUUUGGAAGGAAGUACCUAAAAACCACCAAUCUUCUAAAAUGUCCAAACACACUGCUGACCAUAUUUUCCCUUCGGAGGACGAAUCGUUGGACGAGGUGCAGAUGAAGGCCAAACCAAAGGAAAACAAGAAACGUAAGUCGACGCCAACGCGCAGCCCCCAGCCGUCUACCAGUAAGAAAAGCAAGACAGUUAUUCGCCCCAUACCUCCUGUUACCAAGUCUACGGCUCGCGAAGUAUUUGGGAGUGACAGCGACGACGACGCGGUAGACGUACCCGCGGAGAAGAAGCCUCCGGUUAUUUACUCCUACGUCACAAGGAGACUGGCCAAUGGCUUUUCUCGUCAAAUAGAUGAGAAUAAAAAAGCUUUAGAGAAAACGAUGAAAUCAGAAUCCCCAUACAUCAGCAAGACAUAUACGUGCUACCAUCAGCCAGUUCAAUUUACAUCGAAGGACAGGCAAGGCUGUUCGGAUGUGUUGAUUCCUUGGCAUCGGCCAGUCACGCUGUGCCCGCCAACACCGGCACCCAGAUUUCUGUCAGUAGACAAUGAACAUAAUGCUGAGCCCUGGAAAAGCCGAGAUGGUUCCCCGGGAUCAUCGUCCCUUUCCUCACCCAACGAGACGUGUUACUCAUUUGUAAGAAGAGCACUACAACGAUUGGCGGGACGAAGAUCAUUCCUUCCUUCAUGGAGCAUCGGAGCUCGGGUACCACAACGACCCUGCUUACGACCCGAACCACCUGCAGCUGACCUACCUAUUGAGCUACGGCGUCUGGACGAAGCACUCCCUCCGAGAUUAAUAGCACAAAACUCGGACGCGUCAACGAUAAAGUCAAGAAGUUUGACAGACAUCGCUGAUAUUGAGAGGCGAGCGCUAGUACGAUCAAGGUCUAGCUUACCUAGCUUGGGUGGCGAGGAAACCGAACCACCGCCAGCAGCAGCUCCAGUGCCAGAGAUCAACGAGCCUCGGAAGAAACCACGACUAGUAAAACAAAAAAAGUCGAUUAAUGAAGACGACGCCGAGGAAGAUCUCGACAAACCUACGGACAUGAAAAGUAUGGUAGAAGAAAUGCCUAACUUUAAAAUACAUACGCCUAGGUUACAGCCAAGUAAAAAACCAGGCGUCUUUAAACAAACUUCCCUCAACGAGGAAUUGAUGUCGGUUGAGCGGUUAAGGGAAAAGGAAAGAUUAAGGAAAAACAUCCAGAAACAGGCUUCACUAAAUGAAGAAUAUCUUUAUCGGAGACCCGGAGUUCUAGAUUCCAUCCGGGACUCAAUAUUUUCCACUUCCGCGACUACCGGCAAAAAAUUCCAGUCACUGAAAAACGGCCUCACUAGCAAAUUCAAAACGUCUACAACGAAUAUAGAUAAGGUAACCGUGUUUGUAAGAAUGCUCCAAGGUUGGAAAAAUCACGGACCUGCACCAGAAGUUCCUACGCCAAGCGACAAUAACACUGGAAGUGACAAAACCUAUCCUGAACGAAGACAUUCCAAAGAAGAUGGGUCUGAUUCUUCUAAAGACAGCAGCCUUCAAAGUGACACCAGUGUAGAUUCUGAAGACAGUUUUGCGUCAGUGAUUUACGUCCCGAAAGCAGACGGAUCAGGCGAUCCGUUAUCACCCACGCCAUUAUCUCCAGGACCUACUUCACCCAGACUUAAAGUGUCUUCUGUUCCAACGUCACCCCGAAUGAAAAGCUCUCCAGGGUUACCAUCGCCCAGAAUCAAACAAGCUUUUCCUUUAAUAAGACCACCGGCCUCGCCGAAUUCAGUUCAAGCGCCCACCACAGUGAAUAAAAUUUUAGUAGCUCAAUAUAGUUUAAAGAACUACUCCACUACUACCUCUGUGGCAACAGUACCGUUAAAACCACAGUCUAAAAGUCAGCCGAACUCUCCUCCUAAGUCUGAAUCCGAUGAUACAACAAUGGCAAAACCGGAACCCCUGCCUAUUUUAAGUAAUAACACAUCCAUUGAUGUGUUUGAAGAUGUUGAUCCCAUCCCUCCCAUCAAGGAAGAAGAAGAAACUCCAACGAGUGAUGUCACUAAAGAGUUACUUGCAGAAAUAAACAAAGACAUCGAAGAAAUACACAAACUGACAGCAGAAACUAACAAAUUUCAACCACGGGUAGUUUUACAAGAUGUCAAACCGUACCCAAAAAUAACAUUGCAAACAGUCGCAGAACUACCCGAAAUACCACAGUAUAAGCCAAAAGAAACAACUAAAUCAAGCACCGACACCUUAGACUCAAGGUCUGCAGAUCGUAAACGUAAAGAGCGUAUACGCCAGAUCAAAGAAAUGCUGAAUAAGGGAAUUCCAUCCGGUAGUAUAAGCAGAAGACCUCCGUUCCCAAUAGUUCGAGGAUCUAGAAAUGCGGAACCAAUAGUUAAAAGCCGGCCCACACUCAUGUCUCUGGAAUUAUUUAAUCCAGCCACAGAUGACAUGGAUAGCGACUCCAGCGGUGUUUCUUCCCCCGAUUCUGUGGACAGCGUCAUAAGCGUGGUACCUGAAGAAUUAAAGAAAACUGCUUUAGAGAAAGAUCUACCAAAUCCAGGAUCCGAGACGAAGGAAGAGCCAACAUCCUCAACAGAAAAACUUCCUGUACCACCAACAUUGGGUCCGCAGACUCUAAUUGAAGCUGCAGCCGAAGUUGCACACUCUUUGGAUGAAACAUGUGAAACGGUUAUCCAAAGCAGCCCAAGAUCAAAGAGAAGGCAUUUAGAAAAGCUUGAAAGUGCUGAAGCGAUGGCUAUUGUACAAGGGGCUUCCAGCAGCAGCAGUAGUAGUAACUGGAGCUUAAAUAAAUUGUCGCCUGGAGAUUUACGGAUAUUGGAAUCAAGAUCUCAAUCCCAUACAAGCUCAAGUGGAAGUUCUUCCAGCCUAGAACGACUUUCUCCUGGACGAAGAUCUAAAGAUCGCUCUCCAAAACUAGGCAGUACCAGCAAUUCCACUUGGAGCUUGAAUAGGCUAUCCCCGAACAGGCCAGAAGGACGAUCCCUAGACGAAAAUCUCAGUAAAACCCAUAGGAGUCCGACUAGAUUACCAUACGACUCCAUUUCAAUUUCCAGCACAGAUUCUGAUAAAUCAAUAUCCAAGUCAGAAAGCUUCAAUAGGAUACAGGCUAACGAGCCAUUGGUAACCUGCAAAUCUGACAUGAUUGCUACUGAAGAAGAAUGGUCCGAUCAACAAGACCGUAGUCAACACUUAACUGAAUUUGCAGAAAAGUUAAGUGAGAAAUUACUGCAAGAAAUAGAUCAAUAUUCAAAACGAAUAAAUGAAGAAGACUUUGAUCUACCCAGUAGCAGCAGUAGUGAAAAGAGCAUAUCCCUCAGAUUAAAACGAGAAGAGGAGGAUAGGAACACACAGAAAAUUCUAGAUGAGUUAUCGGAUAGUUUACAACAUUUGGAAGAUCCUUAUAUCCAUAAAAUAAGCACAGAAAUGCAGGGCCUCAAUAAGUUAAGUGCAGAAUUGCAGGAAAGAAACAAAUACAUCGCUUCUUUGAAUGAGGUUCAAGAAACCGACAUUAGUAAGCUUUUCCCUAAAUGCCUCUCUAAGACGAAAACCAAGAAGAGAUCCAAAGACGUCGACCCAAUAAUAAAUAAAUAUAGGGAAUUAAAGAAGUCAAUGAAGGUUUCAAGUGAAGAGGAUAUUUACCUCAAUAAUUGUGCCAACGUCCAAUACACGAAACCAGUGUUGACCGACAAACUACCGGACAUUGACGCUAAAAACCCAGAUGACGAUAGUGCAAUAUCGUCAAGUAAUGGUAAUCCCGAAAUAACUAUCGAUUCGGGAGCAUCAUACGACACGAGUCAAUCAUUAGAAACUGGAUACUCUUUAGAAUCCGAAAUCAGCGUAGACUCAUUAUGCACUAGCACGGACAAGAGAUCAUCUCUGAAAGUCGGUCAAUCGACGGAUUCAAGUGACUUGGACAAGAUGGAAAUUAGUCCUGAAUCCGUAACAUCUCGUUCGAGUGCCAGCACAGCUCCAUUGAAGUCUGGUUUCUCGAUCGAAUCGAGUGAUACGUCGGCAGGAAGUGACUGGAGCCGGCGUGACAAAACUGGCAGCACGGCAUCCCUUGGUUGCGCCAGUCUCGCGUCCCUGCCGUCAUACAGCGAAUGUUCUAAAGACAGGAAACUGUUGGAGACUCGCUCAUCAUCAGAAGACACAGCUCCAGUUCCUGCUAUGCCACCUCCUCGUGCCUUCCCGCACGCACCGCUAUUACCUUCCUUGAGCGAUGGCUCGGACAGCCUGCCAUCAGAAGGAGGAGCGGUCACCUACCAUCGCUACUACCACGUCUUCAAGCGUGGGGAACUAGACCAGCUGAUCGAGAAGUACGUGGAGAGUCUCCACGUGGUGUCUUCAUACUACGAUCAGGCCAGCUGGUGUGUUAUAGCAGAGAAAGUGCAAGUAUGGACCAUUUAA